GGUAUAUAACGAAGCCGCUGGCCGCUAAACAGGUUUAGUUUCUUAUCGUACCGCGUAUGUGAUUUACUCUCGAGAGUGUCCAAAAGAUGCUGUUGAAUCCGAGUGCCAUCCUAUGGACCGUGGCCGCUGGGCUGCUCAUAUAUCGAUGCUUCCGAUUCAUGUUCGACCGACCGCCAAACUUUCCCAGCGGACCUCCGAGGUUUCCCCUGCUCGGAAGCUAUCUGGUCCUGUUGAUGGUGAACUAUCGACACUUGCACAGGGCUGCGGUGCGGCUGGGUCAGUUCUACCGGACCAAGAUCCUCGGCAUCUAUCUGGGGGAUUUUCCCUCGAUUGUGGUGAACGAUUUGGCCAUCGCCAAGGAAGUACUUGCCCGGUCGGAAUUCGAUGGCCGAUCGGAUCUGUUUCUGGCCAGGAUGAGGGAGAGGAACUUCCAACGGAGGGGCAUAUUUUUCACGGAUGGACCCCACUGGAAGGAGCAGCGACGCUUUGUGCUGAGGCAUUUGAGGGAUUACGGUUUCGGCAGGCGGUUCGAUGAGUUGGAAGCGGAGACUAGGAGCGAGUUGAUGACGCUGCUGGAUGUGUUGCGAUAUGGGCCAAAGUUCGAGCAUGAGCGGUUAUUUGCGAAGGAUGGUUGCGUGAAGUGUCCGGAUGCAUUCUACGGGUUGCUGGGCAACGUCUACUUCCAAGUGAUCUGCGGGGAACGCUUCCAGAGGAAAGAUAUGGCGCAGUUGUAUGAAACCGGCCGCCACGCGAUCAACUUCCAGCAGAAGGGCGACGACUACGGUACCAUUCUGAGCUAUCUGCCCUGGCUGAAAGACUACUUCCCGGAAGCGACCAACUAUCGGAUUCUCCGGGAGGUGAACAACCGGCUGAACGACCUGAUAGAAGCAAUGGUCCAGAAAUACCUGGCCUCAUACGACGAGAACCAUAUGCGGUGCUUCCUGGAUCGGUACAUCUACGAGAUGAAACAGAGCAAACCGCUGGAAGGGGAUGCCUUCACUUUUCAAUAUGACCAGUUGGUGAUGAUCCUGUGGGACAUGCUUCUGCCCACCCUUUCCGGUUCGGCCAUCCAGCUAUCGAUGCUUCUGGAACGGUUACUCCUCAAUCCUCGAGUGGCCACCAAAGUCCAACAGGAACUGGACGGAGUCGUCGGACACGGGCGGCUUCCCACUCUGGACGACCGCGUAAAUCUUCCCUACGCCGAGGCAACUCUACGGGAAGCCCUCCGGAUCGAUACCCUCGUUCCGUCCGGAAUUUCCCACGUGGCCCUCGAGGACACCAAGCUAUGCGGGUAUGAUAUCCCGAAGGGUUGUUUCGUCAUGCUCAGCUUAGAUGUGAUCAAUAACCAGCGGGAGUUUUGGGGCGAUCCGGAGAACUUCCGGCCGGAGCGCUUCCUGGACGAGAGUGGCAAACUGUCGCUCAAAAAGGACAUCUCCGUUCCAUUUGGGGGUGGGAAACGACUUUGCGUUGGGGAAACUUUCUCCCGGAAUACUCUGUUUCUGAUGUUUACCGCUUUGAUGCAAAACUUCAACAUUAAGCCAAGACCGGGCGAUCCCCUGCCGGACCUGGGCCAGAGGAUAACCGGGGUGGUCACAUCGAUGGAACCCUUUUGGCUCCGGUUCGAGGCGAGAUAGGGAGCGGAAAUUAUGCCGGUAGUUGUAAGGAUUUUAAACCAAGAAUAUAAGUGCCAGUCAGAGACUUACCUAAGAAUAAAUGUUGAUCUGUUAUCGUC